GAGUUAACUCGAUAAAGAAUGUCCAAGUUGACUCAAAAAGAAAACGGCUCACUUCCAGCCUUUCUUCUCGUUUCUUCUUUUAUUAUUCAUUUCUUCUGUUUUCUGGAAUCUUUUUUGUCUUUGGGUGCUCCAUAUUUCCAUCAAAAUUGUUUCUUGAGAAAGAGCAAAAGAGUUUACAGAACAAUUGAAGUCAUGAAAAAAGAAAGAAUAAUUCAGCAGCUACCGACAGCAGCUGAAGAAGAAGCUGAAAUUCCGAUUCUUCCCCAAGAAAUCAUAGUAGAAAUCCUUUCAAGAUUACCCAUCAAAUCCCUUUGCCAAUUCAGGUGCGUUUCCAAACUUUGGCUUUCUCUUAUAUCAGAUCCCCUGUUAGCCAAAGCCCACCUCAAACAAACCAUUAAAAAUGAUUACUUUUAUUCUCAGCGGAAAAGAGUGAUCAUUUCCUCACAUAAUUUGUACUCUCUUGAAUAUGAAUCAAUUGGUAAAGACGCUAGCUGUGAUGAAAAUUUGGUAGCUUCAGAGCUUGAUUAUCCUUUGAAAGACAACCCAAAUGGAUUGGCUGAGCUAUUAGAUUCUGCUAAAGAUGGUUUUUUGUAUUGUGAAAGAAGUGAGGAUGAUGAAUUUCCUGUAAUGGUAAAACUAAACUUGCCAUGUUGUGUGAACCCAAGGAAUUGGGUUGAUAUCUUGGGUUCUUGUAAUGGGUUGGUUUGUAUUGCCCCCGAUGAAGAUACUCUUUUCUUGUUUAACCCUUCCACUAGAGAAUCCAAAAGAAUCCCUGACCCGCCUUCCGAGUAUGCUGCUAGUGGUUUAAGUGUUUAUGGGUUUGGUUUUGAUUUUGUUAAUGAUGAUUAUAAGGUGGUGAAACUAGGGAGUGGAACUGUUUGUGUUUACUCAUUAAGAACUGAUUCUUGGAGAAAGGUUGUGAGUUUCCCAUUUGAUGAUAAUGUGUAUGAAUCCGGAGUGCUUCUCAAUGGGGCUAUUCACUGGAUGGCCAGUCGUGGAGAUGGGGCGGAUUAUGAGUGUGUGGUUGCUGCUUUUAGUUUAGAAAAAGAGGUUUUUUUAGAUAUGCCUGCACCUGACGUUGUCGAUACUAGCUUUGAAUUUGUGGUAGGGGUUCUUAAUGGAUGCCUCUGUGUGCUUCAUAGCCGCAAUCAGAUGCACAAUGAUUUUUGGGUGAUGACCAAGUAUGGCAUAGGCGAAUCAUGGACUAAAUUGACCCUCAGUAUCUCAUACAUAUGCAUGAAGCCUUUGUGUUUGGCACACAGUGGAGAAGCCCUGCUGGAGGUUGAUGGGAAACUGUUGCUGUACAACUUGGAAGAUGACAGUUUUAGGUACUUAGAAGUUCAUGGCAUUCCUGCUGGGGAUGGUUUUGAAGCAGAUACCUACUUGGAGAGCCUCAUUUCGCCCAAUGGCUACUGUAGGAGUGGAAUGCAGAUGCAAUAUUGAGUACCAACGAAAUUUAGGAGCCUGGGGAUGGUGAAAAGAGCUAAAGAUGAAAAAUUAAUAGCAUCUGUUCCUAUUAUUUUCUGUAAUUUUACUUAUUUGUGAGCUCUGCUCCCUAGAAUACAUGUUUCAUACUCUUGUGCUUAAAGUAUCUCUUUCAAUACAUAUGUUGUGACAACUUUGAGUGCAAACGGUUGACACAUGAGGCAGAAAAUGAACAGGUCAGUUUUCA